AUGAGAGGGAUGAAGGGGGCAGCUAUGGCUGCUAGGUUUUGGAGGGGUUUGGUUUUGGAGAAGAAGAAGAGGGAGGGGGCGGGGCAAAAAUCACGUGCUUACAUUAUUGAUUCAGAGAACGAUGUUGUUUGGACGUGGUUCUUUGAGCAAUUCAAGAUAGCAUACGGUGACAGGGAAAACAUGUGCAUUUUUUCAGAUAGAAAUGAGAGUAUCAUUAAAUCUGUAUCGAGAGUGUAUCCAGAUGUAUUGCAUUUUGCUUGUAUAUGGCAUCUAUGGAACAACGUAUAUAAGAAAUUCAAAAAGAGCCAUGCCAAGUUGAACGAGAUAUACUUCUCGAUGGAAAAAGCAUACACACAAGCUGAAUUUGACAGUCUGAUGGAGAAGGUGGAGAAGGUAGAUAUUAGGGUGAAAGAAUACUUGGAGUUAGCUGGAUACGAAAAGUGGGCUAGGUUGUAUGCACCUGUUAACAGGGGAUGGACAAUGACGUCAAAUAUUGCUGAGUCAAUCAAUGCCGCACUAGUGUCAGCAAGGGAAUUGCCAAUAUACGACUUCCUCGAAGAAGUUAGGAAGAUGUUUGGACGUUGGAAUUGUAGUAACCACAAAGAAGCUACACAGACAUACACAACGCUUGGGAAAAAAUACCAAGAGAUGUUGACUCUGAAUGAGGCAAUGUCUAUAUGCAUGACUGUGGUACCAUCAACUGAAUACUUACAUAUGGUUAACGAUGGAGGGAAGCAUUACAUCAACAAGUUUCUAAUGCCAGAAGAAUAUUGCUCUAACUAUUACAAACCAAAUUCUGUUGUAAUGACAUACAAUUUGCCUGUGUAUCCGCUACCGGACAAAAAUGACUGGAAUAUACCAGCACAUGUUGCAGAGGAGGUUGUAUUACCACCCACAUAG